UCCAGACGUCAAUAAAGUCCCAUCAAGUAGCACCGACAUGGCUCCGUCUUUUGUUUCGAGAGUUGAACUUCCGUGGAAAAGCCUCAGCCAUGAUGUGAUAGACGCGUUGAACAGUGCUGAAACUCUUAAGCCACCACAAAGGCAGGAAGUAGUAAGAAUGAUAGCUGCUGCCUGCCAAAAAGUAAAGGACCGGCCAUCAGCAAAAGAAAUCAGGAGCAUUGCGAACCAUGCUGUAAGCAAGUACCCGAGGUCACUCGGUGAUCCUGCUUCUGGGUCAAGCCCGGUUUCUUCAGUAGGCCUUGCCUACAAAAUUGAGACCCGAAUUGAGAACACACGAAGAGGCUCGAAGCGUUUUUCAGAGGCGCUCUCUGUUUCCGCAAAAAUAAGGAAACAAACCUCAAAUUCUUCUUAUGGCUGCAUUGAUUGGCAGCCAUCUACUGUCGCAUUAAUGCCCGAUGAGAUAGAAUCGGCAAAGCAAGUUUUGGCACAGCAAGCAUCAAAAGCGCCCUGUGAAGAGGACAUCCCCCUCCAGAGGAAGGCAAUGAGAGAAUGCUACCCUCUCAUCAGAGCAGAUAUAAAUUCUUCCGAUCCAGCACACUCAGCGAAGGAGAUAAAGCAGAUGUGGCCAUUACUGUUCAAGAAAGAACAUCUUCUCGACCAUUUCCACAGACUUACAGGGGUGCGACUUGAUGGAAAAUUAAGUAACGUGCCAAAUGAUGUUGUGCUGCUGCUGACGUCAUUCUUUGGGUCAAACACUGGAAAUGACGCUAUUCUAGAGUGGACAUUGAAGAUAAGUCAAGCAGAAAUGAACCUCGGAAAGAGUGAUGCUGGAAGAGUAGGACUAAUACCCCUAAUAGUCACUUAUUUCAAGGAUGACCUCAAUCAAAUGAUACAAGUGAAUGAGGCAUCUACUGAGAUGACAGCCGAUUUCCUUGACAACCUUCCAGUUUGUCCACUUGUAGUUGCGCUCGGUCAAUCGAUCUUCGAAUGCACAUGUCACUUGUUCGUGGAUAAGGAGCUGAUCAUGCCGGAUAUCACGUUGAAGCUGGCUAUCGAGUAUUUGUUUGCGGUACACUACUGCCUAAACAUCAAGUACGCUGCACGCGUAGGUGCAACACUUGAAUUUCUUCAGAGGUACCUUGUUGGCAUAUGCCAAGAGGAUGGCACUAGACAAGAAACCAAGCGACACCGAGGAACCCGAUCGAAGGUUCUGGCGGCCUGCGCAGAUAUUGCCAUUUUUAACAAAAAAUGGAGCUCUGUGAGUCUAUAUUUUGUUGUUUGGCUGACUUGAGGUAAUGACUUACACUUUUUGCUUUUCACUUUCAGCUCCUCUGAUGGCCCAAGCAACAGUGGGUUCAACCUAGU